CGACAAAACAGCAUAAAGAGGAAGAUGUAAUAGCCUACUGUUGUCAGGGUGGUUUCGGGUUUCUUUCAUUAGUUAGUUUCACAGUUCCAGCCAUGUUAUCAGGGUCUCUUUACGCGUUGUUGGCGGGGUUUAUGGGUGCUGCAGCUUCUUUGACUGCCAAGCUGUCAUUUGGCGCACACUACCUGAGCGACAUGUGUGAGGCCGGACUCAGCCGGACUGGAUCACCUGGACAGACUGCAGUUUGUGACUGGCUUCACAUCCCUCUGCGGCUGCUGUGUGCUGGGCUGCUGUUCACCUGUAAUACUGUCAUGUGGACCUUUUUCUCCAAAGCUCUCCGGCACUGCUCCUCUUCAGCCAGGGCCACAGUCACUACCACUGCAUCCAACUUCAUCUCCUCAGCCGUCCUGGGGAGGCUGAUUUUUGGAGAGACCCAUGCAGCUCUAUGGUGGGUAGGCAUCUCUCUCACUCUGUGUGGACUGCUGGUGCUUCAUAGAUCCACGCCUCAGGCUCUUCCACAAGAAGAGGGUAAAAAGGACACAUGAGCAUGCAACUGCUGCUAUUCAGCCCCGGUUGCAAAAACCUGUGGUCAGACUUUUUUGGGCACUUACUUGAAUUUCUCGGGCAUUUAAAGUGUAAAAGUUGCUUAUAGAAAAUGUCAGGUAGGGUCUUUGAGACUCAUAAGGUGUAAUGGUACAAACACUUUUUCGUUUACUGAAUAUGACACAAUCUCAAUUAUAUACUGAUGUCUAUAUUAACUGAAGUUGCAAACCAAACAUCCACCAAAAGAUUUUCUGAAUGCCUCUGUUUCUGUUGGAUUCCUUGUAAAUCAGACCAAAAGUUUUAUGGCCAGCAGACCAAUGAGUCUAUGUUUACAUCUCCCAAGGCAAAGUUUUCCUUUGGAGUUGCAAUUGAGAGAUUGUUUUUCCUCUUUCUUUGGAGAAUACAACACGCACCCACGUAAAGAGCAGGGUAGGAAAAGAGAUAACAGGAAGAGAGCUUAAGAACAAAGAAAAGCUAAAAGCGAUAAUGAGAAGCUUAGUGUUUAAAAAAAAAAAAAAGGCAGAAGGAAAGACCGAAGAGACAGCAGGCAAUAGCCAAAUGAAAUAGCCGCAAACUGUCGUGACUUGAGGGGUGACUCCUCAUUCCUUCAGGAGUCAGGGAGUAUGCAGCUGAAGAGUUACUUUGCAUGAGAAUGUGAGAUGGUCAUGAACCCGGUGCAGUUCUUUUCAUUAAACAUCCUAAUUGGUUUUAUUAACAGUCAGUUUUAUUCUGAAUAUACAAUAGUACAAAUAGUUUUUUAUUUUUCACUGUCAAUUAAAGAAAGAAAAUUCGGAAUCGGCAGGUCACACCUUUAAAAAAA